AGGAGUUUUCUGGUCAUUUGUGUGGUUGUGAUGUGGUCCAGGCUCCUGCUCUCCUGGACCCAUGUUCCCUUCAGACUCACCAUCCUCUCUUGCUUCUCUUAGAGGCUUAGAGUAAACAGGAUUAGGGCAUGUUCAAAAAUCCCCUCUCUCCAGGAGCCAUCUGUCUGUCGACCUGAGCCAGAAGAAGCCUUUCCAACACCAUGGGACGCCACAAUCCUGAUCUGCGCCGGGAAGCCGCACCGUUCUAAACUAUGCAAACUUGCCCGCUGCUUUUACAAGACCAGAGUACACAACACCUUGAUCCACUUCCUCCAACUCGACCAGGAUUUAACCAUGUGUGCUGCCAUGUGGAGAUGUGUUUUUUAUUCCCUUUUAUUUAGUCUAGCGUCUACGUUUUUGGACGUACGGCCAGAUGCAACUCUAGAAGGAUCUGCUCUGGACUUGCUUCCUGAAGAACCUGCAGCCCUCCCACGGAUUGUGAGCAUCUCUGACAUCAGGGCGACUCACGAAGGACGUCUCGCUGUCGCCAGACGGAAACGCAACAUCCUUUUCCCGAGCGGAGUCAAGCUGUGCGCCAGAGAGACGGUGGAGCAGGUUAUCGGCAACCACCUGAGCUACUUCCACCUGCGAGUGUGCCAGGAGACCAUAUGGGAGUCCUUCAAGAUCUUCUGGGACCGCCUCCCCGAGCAGGAGGAGUACCAGAGCUGGCUGGCCCGCUGCCAGGAGGGGAGCGUCACGGCGCACGAUAUCGGACGCUUCUUCAGCCAGUCGGAGGAGCACCAGGCUCUGGUUAAAAAGAGAGUUUCUCAGCAAAGUGGAAAAAGUGAGCCCACCAGGUCCUGGCAGCAUAUGUGCAGCCCACCGACUCAGGCCCCGAAAACCCCCGUGGCCCCUGACACCGAAACUGAGGGAGCGAAGGCUGUCCCGCAGGAGGAGGAGGACGAGGCGGAACUGGACAAUGACAUCUCCAUGCCGCCCCACACGGCCGCUGCUCUGGAGCAGGUGGUGGAGCUGAGCAUCAUCCUGAACGGGGAGAUGUACAGUGACGACCUGGACGACCCCAGGAGUCACCACUAUCAAGCGCUCAGCAGGAAGCUGACAGACAAGAUUGCGGAAUCUCUGGAAGAGCUUCCCGGCUUUAAGAGCGUAACGGUGCUCAACUUCAAGCCUCAGAAGGACGACCAAGGGCUACACGGAGUGGUGGUGGACUAUUCCGUCACGGUGGCCGUGGACAGUUCAGGGAUCAGCGCCGAACAAGUGGAUUAUCUGACUCUGCAGUCCAAUCGGGUGGAGGACUCCUACCUCCAGAUGAUGGAGCUGCCCACUGUGGUCCUCAAACCCGUGCUGGUCUCUGAAGAGCUGCCCAAAGACGAUCUGGAGAGCGUGUCUGAGAUCCCCGUGGCUGCUGCAGACAGAGUCACGGUCUAUGAUUCGGAUGAGCCUCCAGAAGUUUCCAUCCUGGAGGAGGAGUUUCUGUCUGAGUCUUAUGACGUCAAGGCGACACCCACAACAGGAAGUGAUGUGGUUGUCCUGGCGGAGAGUGUGGUGGUCUCUACAGAAUCUGCUCACACCAUCGCUGAGCCGGAACCAGAAGGUAUCACGGAGGAAGAUCUGCUGCUGGAGGAGAAGGUGGAGACUCCUGCUGCCGUCGAGAUCCCGAAACCUGAAGAGCUUCCGGCUGAAGUUCUCUCUCAUGAGCUUCACGAGACCAUGCUGCUGCCUGAACCUCCGCUGGAGAUUGAGGCCUCUGGCUCAGGAACAGAUGAUCUCAGUGACCUUCUGUGGCCAACUACUGAGGAGGAGUCAGAAGAAGGUGUUUCUGAAGAUGUGGCGUUAACAGAUGUGAUCUUGGACGACGACUCUGAAGGACAUACCGAAGAUGUUUCAGAUGAUGGGACCACGGUGGAAGUUCUGGAGGAACACUCAGAGGAGUCAGAUGUUCAGGAGGAGCUGGAGAUCUCGACCAUUUCCACAGAGACAAUAGAAGAAGAAUCCCUUCCUGCUCUCAUCCCACCUCCCGAUGCAGCAGAAGUUCUUAGAGAGGAACCAUCACUCCCACCCGUUGAGGCUGCCGUGAUGGAUCAAGAGUCUGUCGUUGAAGAAGCAACAGAGAGUUCGGCUCACAAUGUCCCGACUACGGCAGUAGCAGAAAUUCUGGUGGCUGUGGACGUACCACCAGAGUCUCCUCAGAUCUCCACCCAAGAUCUGACAGAGGACGAGAUCAUUCUGGUCAACCAGGAGGAAGCGGGACCACCAUCCGUGAGCCCGGUUCAGCCGACUGUCCUCUCCCCGGAGAGGGAGUCGCCUUUCACCCGAGUGUCUGACGUGAACCCGGCUCCGGACGAACAUCCUGAGAUCUUCAUCACCUCAGUGUUGGAGAUCCAGACCACCAACGAAGGCCUGGAGGAAGGCGCCCUGGAAGAAGAUUUCGACGUCUUUCACUACGGUCUGAUGAACCACACGGAGGAGGGAAGCACUGGGUUCCCGUUCGGCGUGUCUCACGGCACCGACCGGGCCAGUAUCUCCAUGCCAGCGAACCCUGGACGAGCGCUGAUGGUCUUCUUCAGUCUCCGAGUGACCAACAUGAUCUUCUCCGACGAUCUGUUCAACAAGAGCUCGCCGGAGUACAAAGCUCUGGAGCAGCGCUUUCUGGAACUGCUCGUGCCCUACCUGCAGUCCAACCUGAGCAACUUUGAGAACCUGGAGAUCCUGAACUUCAGGAACGGCAGCAUCGUGGUGAACAGCCGGAUGAAAUUCGGGAAGCCGGUGCCCCGCGGUGUGACCUCCACCGUCUACCUGAUCCUGGAAGACUUCUGCAACACGGCCUACCAGACCAUGAACCUGGCCAUUGAUAAAUACUCUCUGGACGUGGAGUCGGGUGACCAGGCCGAUCCGUGCAAGUUCCAGGCGUGUAAUGAGUACGCCGAGUGUAAAGUCAACAAGUGGUCCGGCGAGGCCGAGUGCGUGUGCAAUGCCGGCUACUUCAGCGUGGACGGACUUCCCUGUCAGAGCAUCUGCGAGCUCCAGACCGACUUUUGUCUCAACGACGGAAAGUGUGACAUCAUCCCGGGGCAGGGAGCCAUCUGCAGGUGUCGAGUCGGGGAGAACUGGUGGUACCGAGGGGAGCACUGCGAGGAGUACGUGUCGGAGCCGCUGGUGGUCGGUAUCGCCGUGGCCUCGGUCGCUGGCUUCCUGCUGGUGGCGUCUGGCGUCAUCUUCUUCCUCGCCAGGACGUUACGAGACCAGUACGACAAGGAUGAGUCGGAGGACCCCAUACGGGGAGCCGAGAGCCUUCCCUCGCUGGAGCGAGCCACUAAGUACAAUCCCAUGUACGAGAGCGAAGCCACCACGGGCUACAGCCACUAUUACCGCCGCUACCCCGACUGUCCGGUCUACAGCAGCGCCAGCGCCGAGGCCUCCACCGACUUCAGCAGCGAGGAGAUCCGACACAUCUACGAGAACAGUGAACUCACCAAAGAGGAAAUCCAGGACAGGAUACGCAUCAUCGAGCUCUACACCAAAGACCGGCAGUUUGCAGACUUCGUACGGCAGCAUCAAGCUGUCCUGGAUACGCGCAGAGAGAGCUCCUCCACAUAGACCUGCAUCUGAAAACAAUCAG